UUCAGCGCUUCCACAAAAGACUCUCUCCAACUAUACCCGAUGACGUCACUGUCGUCUGCUAGUCAAUCAAUCAGCACGAGCUGAUAAAAGCGGUUAAUCAAUAAUUGAUUGCUUUCACUUCGGCGCCAGUCUCGGGAGGCGAUGCUGAGUAUUUCCGCUGAUUUGGACGCUGCACUACGCUGGCCAACAGUCUGCGAAGGAGUAAUUUCAUUGACACAGGAUAACUUGUUCACACCUCUGCAGAAAAUUGAACUUACAGACGGUAAAUGACUGAACCCUAGUUUUCAAGGGGAGUACCUGCACCAUGCCUUCCAGUGAGGAUGGAUACCGGCGCUGACUGUAGCUACACCGACUCCACCAACGUCUACCACGAGAACAAGUGCGCAGAAGACACCAUCUUCUGUUGCGUCAACGGUGACGUCAAGGUCUGCUCGUCGUCGACGUGCGGUGUCAGCGUGACGCCUACCCUCUCCACAUAUGCAUUCUGGUUGAUAUUCGCCGGUUUAGCAGGAUUGGGUGUCAUCAUCCUCAUCAUCACCUAUGUCAUCUGUCGCAACCGGAAGCCAGGACAUGGUUUGGGGCACAGGAAGAGCGUGUUCGGAGAGACUAUCAGUCAGACCGUGCAGAGUCGCACCGGUACCAGACAUUCCAUGGCGAGGCCGAGUCUCCCAGAAUUCAACGUACACUCGGAUCACUUCCGGUCAGAACCCCGUCGUCCAAUCACGGUGAUGAGCAGCAAGCCCGCAAUGAUCAGUACAGAGAAUACACAAACAGAACCUAGGUGGACUAUUUUAAAUGGAUUUACUGCACGUUCUCAUGGCAACAAGAGAACUGAUUCCAGAGAGAAGAUAUUGAAGAGCAAGGAAUCGUUGCCGGAUGUACAAGGCUGACGUGAAACUGUGGUUUGGUUUAACCGGAACUACAUCACGGAGGAAUGCAGUGAACAUGCGUAGCAAUUACCAUAUCUCCACAAUAUAGUAUUUCACAGUAUUUCUUUGUUCUCGGCUUAAGCUCAAAGUUUUUUACUUUAUUAAGUGUCACUCAGCCCUUGGGCCUGGUAAUAAGAACAUGCGUUCGCAUGAGAAACGUCUAUAAGUUUGAACUUUCUUUGAGUUUAAAUGGAUUUAACUUUCGUCUUUAUGGUUUUGGUGUAUUGCUAUGUCGAGUUGAUCUAGGCUAGUGUCGACAGACAAAUAACACAAAUUUUGCCAAUGAAGUAACUGGUCCGGAGAAUCAGAACAAUAUAUAUCUUGACUGUUGAGUUGACAGUUUGUCGCCCGUACUGUGGAUUUCGAUCUGAAACCGAGGUGAGGUUUGGUGAAAUGGGGCUUAACGUCACGUCCAAGAUUAUUGCACUUAUAUAGCGACGUGAAUGCACUGCGUGUGUGUGUCUGCUUGUACUAGUCCGGACUGAUGCCGACUUAUAGUGCUAGCUCACUGAG